AUGUAUACAACUCCUCCUUUCUCGCAUAAUUAUUCAAACCCAGUGCUUAUGAAGGAUGACGUUGGAAAACCAAAACCAUCUACUUACAAUUUGCCAAAAUAAGAUUUUAUUUACGGUCUUCCUCUUAUAAGAGACAAAGAAGGUGCCAAAGAAGGUAAUAUCUACUUAUCUAAUUUACUUCAGUAACAAUGACAUGGAAAUUUCAUCAAGAAUCUUAAGAUAGAAUUCCCAAUCGUGAUUUUGCUGAACUCAAUAAGAUGUCUGUUUUCAAUGGAUCUCUUACAGCUCAUGUAACUUAAUUCGAUAUUCCUUCUAGGACAUGUAUAAAUUCAGAUAAACUCAUGAUGCUCGUUUACAAGUUAAAAAAGGCACUAACAUUUAAGCUAUUGAAUUACCGGAAGAAGAGUUUAGAUACGGAAGAAAAAACAGGUUUAUAUAAUUUUCUUAAUAAAUUCCUUAGACCAUCCACUCCUAUGAAGUUAGUGAUGGGUAAUUCUUAUGGAAUUGAAGCUGCAUCAAUUACCUUGGACAAAUAUUACAAAAGAGCUGGCUCAUAAGUAUUACGAUUUACCAUUCAUCACUUAGGAAUCCAAAAUGACUAACACAAUUGUCAGACCAAAUAAGGCGUCACAAUUAUUUCAUGAAAGCAAUCACAAAAAACUUGCAGUGAUAAAAGGCACUGAGAAAAAAGAGCCAUUUAAAAUGGAAAAAUUUAAGACAGUAGCAGCUAGAACAGAUACAAACCUUAUAACAAAGAAAGAGUGA